AUGCGUUCCCAGAGUUACUACCGCUCAAACAGUCCAGCCACUUCGGACCAUGAAAAAUCACCUGUGGUGACACCUGACCAGGCGGUGAUUUAUGAGGAAGAUGACCUCUAUACUCGCUUCUCACCUAGACGAAAGCAAUUGAUCACUGGCGUUGUCACCUAUUGUGCCUUCCUAUCCCCAAUUGGGUCUACCAUGAUAACUUCCACUAUCCCGGAAGUGGCACAAUAUUUCAAGACCUCUGGUUCUAUUAUCAAUGCUAGCAAUGCAAUUUAUAUGCUGGCAGCGGGAAUGAGUCCCUUCCUUGUUGGACAGGCAAGCCAAGUAUACGGGCGGCGAUGGAUCCUUAUCAUCGCAUCAUCACUUUUCUUUGCAUUCUCCAUUGGCACUGCUCUAUCGCCAAACCUGGAGAGCUUUUUUAUUUUCCGUAUGUUGACAGCAUACCACGGCACAGCCUUUCUUGUCGUUGGAAAUAGCUGUUUGGGCGAUAUCUACACACCCACAAAGCGUGCUACUGGGGUUGGCUGGUUUAUGCUGGGUUUCGAGCUUGGACCGAUUCUGGGUCCUUUAUUUGGAGGUAUUAUCGUCACAUAUUGCAGCUGGCGUGAUAUCUUCUGGCUCCAAUCAGGUCUUGCAGGUCUAGGAGUAGCAUUGAUUAUUCUCUUUCUGCCCGAAACCCUUAACCAACCCCAAUGCACCCAAAUGGCUCACUUAUCUCGAGGAGACUAUAUACGCGAGUUAGCCCGACGAACAAGCCCGCUUCGAAUGUUGAAGCAUUUUCGAUACCCAAACAUUUUAUUCGCAGGACUAGGUUCAUCUGCCCUGGCGUUCAACAUGUACUCCUUUCUGACUCCAAUAACUUACGUGCUCAACCCCCGCUUCGGGUUGACAACGCCUCUGCAAUCUGCGCUAUUCUAUUUGGCUCCAGGCGCCGGUAAUCUCGCAGGGACUUUCUUGGGUGGCCGUUGGGCUGAUAAGGUAGUACGCCGCUGCAUUGUCAAACGCCAUGGUGUGCGGGUCCCGGAAGACCGUCUGAAAUCAUGUCUUCCUUUCUUCGGCAUUUUACUCCCUGUGUCUAUGCUCAUAUAUGGUUGGUCUGUCCAGGAAUCUGUUGGGGGUAUAGCUUUGCCAGUUAUUAUGAUGUUUUCACAGGGCUUUGCUCAGUUGUUCGUUUACCCGAGUUUGAAUACCUAUUGUUUGGAUGUUAUGCAGACUCAGGGGUAUGGAUCGGAGAUUGUGGCAGGCAAUUACUUCAUUAGAUAUAUGUUCGCGGCUGCAGGAAGUGCUGCAUGCCUCCCUGCUAUUGAGAAGUUUGGAGUCGGGUGGUUUACCACAAUCUCAGUGGGAUUUCUAACGACAAGUGCAUCUCUAAUUUGGGCUACUACGAUCUGGGGUGCACAGUGGAGAAAGGCAAUCGAAGAAAACAAAGGCCGACCUGACUAUUGA